GACCCUGACCCGGGCUCUGCGCUGGCGGAUGUGGACAUGGUGCCCCUGCUGCUGCUGCUGGCCCUGCUGUGGGGGGGGUCCCUGCAGGAGGAGCGAGGGUUCGAGCUGCGCGUGCAGGAAUCAGUGACGGUGCAGGCGUGCGGGGGCGUCCACGUGCCCUGCUCCUUCUCCUACCCCUGGAGUUCAUGGUAUUCCCCUCCCCAACCCUACAUCUAUUGGUUCCGGGAAGGGGACAACGUAAACACUGAACCUGUGGCCACAAACAACCCAAACAGACGAGUGAAGCCAGAGACCCAGGGUCGAUUCCGCCUCCUCGGGGAUCCCAGAAACAACGACUGCUCCCUGAGCAUCAGAGACGCCAGGAUGAGUGACAAAGGGGUCUACUUCUUCCGAGUGGAGAGGGGACCUGAUGUGAAACACAGUUACAGAGAUAAGAGGCUGAAUUUGCAGGUGACAGCAGGGAAACCCAACAUCCACUUUCUGGAGCCUCUGGAGUCCGGCCGCCCCACAAACCUGACCUGCAGCCUGUCACUAGUCUGUGAAGUGAGACAGUUUCUCCUGUUCUCCUGGGCGGGGGAUGCCCUGAAUGGGAUGAACACAGAGGCCCUCCACUCCUCGGUGCUCACCCUCACCCCAAGGCCCCAGGACCAUGGCACCAACCUCACCUGUCGUGUGGAACUCCCAGGAGCUCAGGUGACCACGGAGAGAACCAUCCGACUCAAUGUCUCCUAUGCUCCAUGGAACCUCACCAUCAGCAUCUCCUUCAGAAAUGUCACAGCCCUCAAGAUUCUGCAAAACACCCCGUCCCUUCUCAUCUCCGAGGGCCAGGCUCUGCAGCUGCUCUGUGUUGCUGACAGCAACCCCCCUGCACAGCUGAGUUGGUUCCAAGGGUCCCCAGCCCUGAACCCCAUCCCCAUCUCCAGCACCAAGUCCUUGGAGAUACCAGGCUUAGGAGCUGCAGAAAGAGAAUUCACCUGCCAAGCUCAGAACCCUGUGGGCUCCCAGCACGUUUCCAUCCACCUCUCUGUGCAGAAAAGCCCCCCUUCCUGCAGCUGUGUGACUGAGGAGCAGCAGGGCUCCUGGCCCCUGGUCCUCACCCUGAUCAGAGGGGCCCUCAUGGGGGCUGGCUUCCUCCUCACCUAUGGCCUCACCUGGAUCUACUACACCAGGUGUGGAGGCCACUAGGCAGCAGGGCUGAGAGGUGUGGCUGAGUCUCCCUCCUCCUCAAGACGGGAAUCAUGUGAGGCUGGGGAGCCCAGAGGACAGACGUGGGGACAUCAUUGUCAGCUUCUUCCUGGAAACACUAGACUCAAACCCUGUCUCAUCUGUACCCACGAGGUUUUAAUUUGUGGAGGUGACUGUGUGACGACACGAUGAGUCAAUACCAUUGAAAGGAGACUUUAUCGCUUACCUUUUUCAAGAGUGGCUGGCACAUCAUGCUGGGCAGGGCCAAAGGGGAAGCACCAGGGUUUGCUCAAGAAGCAGCAGCUGCUGGGAGGAGGCCUUAAUUGGGGUUUCCAUGGGAAAGGCUAGGCUGGGCAGGGAAAGUUCUUUAGGAUCUGCUCAUUUGAACAAAUCUGGUGGGUUUUGGGCUUCAGGUGUGAUGUUUCGUAGUCUGUUCCCUGUUGGUGGGUGACUUAGGUUAAGGGAAAUAGUGGCUUGGUGAGAGAGGGGUAGGUAAAGGGGGUGGUUGGGAUUAUGGGGCUAAGGAUUGAUUGGUUCGCAUUGGAAAGGUGAGGUCCUGGCAGAGCCCUUUUCUGUCUCUAAGAACUGGCUGACCUUAGGAGGCGGUGUCCUUUUCAGGCCAGCAAGGUUUUUAAGAUGUUCAGAUAUCAUCAGAUACAGUAAAUAAAGCAUGGUUAUUGAUU